AACAAUUCCGAACGCAACGGUCUCCGCUGUGGCACUCGUGCGCAGGUCGCGAUGACUCGAGUGAGGAGUACACGGACACAGUGUAAGGGGAAAGUACAUCAUGUUCUCCAAUAUUUUGGAGGGGCGGUGUGUGAGUGUCGCACCGCCAUGUCUCACCACAGCGACGAGCAGGCGCUCCUCACGGUCGCCUCCGACUCUUUCUGGGAGCCUGGUAAUUAUAAACGGACCACACGACGAAUUGACGAUGGACACCGGCUCUGUGGUGAACUACAGGCCCUUGUGCAGGAGAGAGCAGAUAUUGAGAAAACAUACGCCAAAAGUUUGAGAGGAUGGGCGAAGAAAUGGAACGACCUCAUCGAGAAAGGUGAGUUUUGCUUCAUCACAUUUCUGUACUUCUGGUGACUGACAAAUUUUUAGCUUCUGCACACACAAAAUAAUAGAACCUAUCUCCAUAAUAACCUUACGUAUCAAUACUGUGUAAUCAAACUGACCAUCAAUAUUGUGAAAGGACAUGAUAUUUUCAUUUUCCAACAAUAGCUCCUAUUGAUAAUAACCGCUGUUAUUUCGU